UUGACUGCUCGUACUCUACUAAAAGUCGUCUGCUUUUCAUCUUGUCUUGAGCUUUCUCUCUCUUAUCGUCCAUUGCAGUGGAGGGGGCCAGCUUGCGAUUUAGAUAGUCUAAGGUUAUAUAAACGCGAGAUUUAAGUCUCAACAAUGGCUGCAAGUAUUAUUCUACUAUCUCGCGCUGGACGGAGCCGUGCCGGUCACUUAAAAUCUCUGCCAGAUCUUAUAAAACCUUUGUGUGUACCAUUGUCCACCAGUGCUAAAAUGAAUACCACAGAAGGCUACAGAGUUGAAGCUGACACUUUCGGAGAGCUCAAAGUGCCCAAUGACAAAUAUUAUGGAGCUCAAACCGUCAGAUCGGUCAUGAACUUUCCCAUUGGUGGGGAAACUGAACGGAUGCCUUACCCUGUAAUCACUGCAAUGGGAACUCUCAAGAAAGCUGCUGCACUCGUCAACAAGGAGUAUGGACUGGACCCUAAGAUAGCCGAUGCUAUCGCAAAGGCUGCGGACGAGGUCAUCAGUGGCAAACUGUACGACGAACACUUUCCUCUAGUCAUCUGGCAGACCGGGUCCGGUACUCAGACCAACAUGAACACAAACGAGGUAAUCAGCAACAGGGCCAUAGAGCUGCUUGGAGGUAAGCUAGGCUCCAAGACCCCUGUGCAUCCUAACGACCACGUUAACAAAAGUCAGAGCUCUAACGACACGUUUCCAACUGCAAUGCACAUUGCCGUGGCCGUCGAGAUCAACCGGCUGCUGCUGCCGAACCUGCAGAAACUUCACGACGCACUCGACGUGAAGGCAAAAGCAUUCAAGGACAUUAUCAAGAUAGGCCGCACACACACACAGGAUGCCACUCCGCUCACGUUGGGUCAGGAGUUCAGUGGAUACGUGACUCAGAUUGCGUUUGGUAUCGAGAGAGUCAAAGACACACUUCCUAGGCUGUACAACCUAGCAUUAGGUGGCACUGCAGUCGGUACCGGCCUCAACACUCGCAUCGGCUUUGCUGAGAAGUGUGCUGCAAAGAUCAGCGAACUCACCAGUUUGCCGUUCAAGUCCGCACCCAACAAGUUUGAAGCCCUGGCGGCCCACGAUGCCAUGGUGGAGGUGUCUGGCGCUCUAAAUGUGGUCGCAGUCAGUCUCAUGAAGAUUGCCAAUGACAUUAGGUUCCUGGCCUCGGGACCGAGGUGUGGACUGGGCGAGCUGUCUCUCCCAGAGAACGAACCAGGCAGCAGCAUAAUGCCAGGGAAAGUGAACCCCACACAAUGUGAGGCUAUCACGAUGGUAGCAGCUCAAGUGAUGGGCAACCAUGUAGCAGUAACAGUCGGAGGUAGCAACGGUCACUUUGAGCUCAACGUGUUCAAGCCGAUGAUCGUCUCCAACGUGCUGCGCUCUGUGAGGCUCAUUGCUGACAGUUCACUCGCUUUCACCAACAACUGUGUCACCGGCAUCGAGGCUAACACUGACAGAAUCAACAAACUGCUGCAUGAAUCUCUGAUGUUGGUUACUGCACUCAACCCACACAUAGGCUACGAUAAGGCGGCCAAAAUCGCCAAGACGGCUCACAAAGAAGGUGCCACCCUGAAGCAGACAGCCCUAAAGCUAGGUUAUCUCACCGAGGCAGAUUUUGACAAGUGGGUGAGACCUGAAGACAUGCUAGGACCUAAGUAAGACAAACGCCAGUAUUGAAUAAGUGUUCACACAAAUCUCCUUGUUAACCUGAAAACCCCUACUCAUGUAUAUAAUUCACUUGGUUAACUUUUUGUAAAUAAAGUAGCCUAAACUGUAAAUAAAGAAUUGUAUCUUUAAAACCUUUGUGAUAACUUUGGUUAGAAAAUAUAUUAAAUUUAUA